GAAACAGACUCGGGUGUUUCUCGAGUCAUCUUUCGCUUCUCUCUCUCUGUGUUUCGGUCGGAAACAGACGUAGAAAGAAAGUUGGAGAUCCCGAUGGGGAAGGGCUACUUGAGAAUGAAGACUGACUCGGUUUCCGGCGAUUUGAUCAAUGCCGAUUUCAAAGACCUUGCUGCCGCUGCUAAGAAGCUUGCAACUCAUGCCGUCCACCUCGGAAGCUUAGGCUUUGGUACCACUUUUCUUGAAUGGAUCGCUUCUUUUGCUGCAAUUUAUCUGUUGGUCUUGGAUCGGACAAACUGGAAAACAAACAUCCUCACAGGGCUGUUAAUCCCGUACAUAUUCUUUAGCCUUCCGUCACUGAUUUUCUCUAUCUUCAGGGGAGAAAUUGGAAGCUGGAUUGCCUUCGUUGCGGUUAUCUUGCGACUCUUUUUCCCUAAACGAUUCCCAGAAUGGGCUGAAUUGCCGGCUGCGCUGAUUCUUCUAAUGGUUGUGGCUCCGAGUUUAAUUGCAACCACUGUGAGGGAUGACUGGAUCGGCGUUGCAAUAUGUCUCGUCAUUGCAGCUUACUUGCUGCAAGAACACAUCCGGGCAUCGGGUGGAUUCAGAAAAGCUUUCACACAACCCCGUGGCGUAUCAAACACUGUCGGCAUAAUUUGUCUGUUCAUCUACCCUGUUUGGGCGUUGGUCCUUGACAUCCUAUAGUUCCCUGCACCCUGAUAUUCUUUUCGGGGUUGUAGAUUUUGUGAUGUUUUAUAUUUUUACCUUCAAUUUGUUUGGACCCUAAAUUAAAGUUGUUCUAUUCUUUUCAUAUAUGUAUUACCCUCUGAGCAAAACCCGGUG